GAAUUUCUUAUGGUCCACAUUUGAAAAAUUAGCUGCAGAAUGGAUUUUCGUGAAAAAUCAGAAAUUACCAGAAAACGAUCGUUGAGCGUCGAUAAUGAGUAUUCAUUGAUUAUUCGAAAGAUUAGGGGAAUUCUAAGGCAUUUAAAACAUGAUAGUGAUAUUUUUACAUACAAGGAAAUUCGUGUUAUUCGCCAGGAACUAUGGAAGAUUAAGAAGAAUUAUAAAAAGUUUCUCGAUCAAACUGAUCUGGAAAAUAUUACUGACAUAGAAAAUAUUUUAAAGAAAUUAAAGACCUCACAUCCUCAUUUAUGCUGUAAGGAAAGCUUCCUGUCCUUUGUUAAGAGCACACAAAGUGAGAGCACAAAAGAUGACGUGAAUGAUAAGCAACCAACUGUUAAAAAAGGUUCAGGUCAUUUAAAUAACAUUAAGAUUCCGCAACUUACUGUUGUAAAACCGAGCGUAUGUGACGAGUCAAAAAGCGCAACAUCAAUGGUUAUGGACGAAACGCUAAUGAGCGCCAACAACAAGAAACGUAAAGCCCCCAUUCUGAGCGAACAAGAAGAUACAAAAGCAAAAAAACCACUUGUUGCAUCAGAGCAAAUAAGAUCUGCUGAGGGAUUUGAUGAAAAUAAGUUGAGUAAGAUGCAAAAGUUGUAUCUACAAGCAUUAGAAUUGAUGGAAGCAAUUGACAAGCAUGAAGCUGAAAAGGCUGCAACAGAACCAAAAUAUCCCUAUCCCAUGUUUCCUUAAAUAACUCUAUUAAAAGACAAUCAUUAAACUAUAAGUAAGUCUCUCUAUUCCACGAAUCUAAUAUAUAAAAGCCCAAUUCACUGAUUCACUGACUCUGGAACGGAAGCCGUGUGAAAACAUUUGUGAAUCUGAGUGAAGACAAAAAUUUAUGGAGUGUUGACAAGGUGGUUGUCAGGUGGGUGUGGG